UGGGCCAAAUGAGUCUUAUUCUGCUUUGAGAUCACACAUAGUGAUGAUCAAGCACUUUCCAUCUCUUAAUGAAGUCUAUAAUAUGGUUUUACAAGAGGAAUCACAGAGGUCAUUAUUCAUUCAAUCACAACCUCUAAUUGAGGCUUCUGCUAUGGCCUUGAUUUAUGAUAGUAAGAAGAAAAGGAAUAUGUAUUUGGUAUGUAAUCACUGUGGUAAAAGAGGGCAUUUGAAAGAUAAAUGUUUUCGACUUAUAGAUUUCCCAGAAGAUUUCAAGUUCACAAAAUCUAAGGGGAAUUUUAAGAAAGGAGGAAAUGUUUCUGUUAAUAGUGCUACUGUUGACAAAGAGAAUGAGCACUUUGAUGAUGUUGAUGUCAGUUCAGCUGUGCAGCUUUCUCACAUUCAGGGCCAGAUUCAGAAACUAAUGGCUCUAGUCACUGAGCGUGGUGGUAUAGAAAUGAAUCAGGAUUCCCCUUUGUCAACAAAUCAACAAAAUAAACCUUCUCUUGUCAACUCAGCUUUAGCAGGACCUUCUUACCUAGACAAUGAUUGGUCAUGCUAAAGUUACCAAUGGGCUCUGCAUCAUGCAGAGAUACUUGAGUGCACAAAUACCAGCAGAUUUCAAGAAUGCUUUUACUAGACAGUUUAAUAAUUCUACAAAUUUCAGUUGUGUUUUUCCUUGUGCAAAUUUGAGUUCUGAUUUUUCAUUGUACUCUAAAACAGUUUGUUCAAAUGCUUGUAGUUCUUUGAAAUCAAAUUUUGAUAAUUGGCACCA